UUCACAAUCUCGUGACGUCCGCUAUUGUGUAGCAUUGCAAACCUAUACUGCACACAAAGCACUCAGCUUCAAGCCAAUUCAACAUAUUACAGUCUACUGCACUGUUCACUAGUAACAUUUCUAGCAAAGAUGGACCAAAAUCGAGCCCCACCGCCGCCGCCGACGUACAACGAAGCAGUCCCAGGAGGUGUGCAGGCACAACCACAACCCGUGACAGUACAGCCAGCAGUGACCGUGAUCUCCGCUGGGAUAAGAUAUACCCAAGUGCCUGUAAGCCAAGAAUGUCCGCAUUGUCACAAUACUAUCGUCACCACGGUGACCUAUGAGAAUGGUACCGUUACCUAUCUUGCUGCAGGUAUCGUCUGUCUUGUUGGGUGUUGGAUGGGUUGUUGUCUGAUCCCGUUUUGCAUUGAUGCGUGCAAAGACGCAGUGCACUGUUGCCCUAAUUGUAAUAUUGUUCUAGGAAAAUAUUCACAAAUGUAGGACCCGAAAAAAGACUAUAAUUAAGGUUGUUCGCGGGUAUUCAACCUCAUCUAUUAAAUACCGUCAAUCAAAUUACGUUUAUUUCUUUUAAUAUUGAUAAAUAAUUAUUGAUUUAGACAUCAGUCAUUGACUUUUAUAAUUUUUUACCAAGUAGAAAAUAUUCUUUCGAAGAAAACCAGUCUAAAAAAAAAAAAAAAAAAAUCGUCGUAAUUCCCCAAUCAUUCGGGAUAAUCAUAAGGAACUAUCUUAUUUUCUACAUAUUUUUUCAUCAUAUGUAUACGAACGAAAUUGUGAGAUAUGCUGUGAACUUUUUACUAUAGUAACCAUUGGAAAAAAUUUCAAAAAUCUCCAUGUUUAUAGAUGUUUGACACAUUCUUUGUGCGAAAAGUAGUUCAGUGACCAUUAAUUUUUUUAUCUAGAUUUUGUGAGCAGUGGCAUAAAAUAAAACCAUAAGUCAGGGAAACCGGCGAUCAAUUUCAGAGUAGCUACAAACGAUCAUCAGAGUAUCCGCACGCAUGACGUCAUCGGAUACACGCCCUCAGCCAAUGGAUUUGAACUUGUACCUGGUUUGAAUGUUGUUAAUAUGUACACAUUUACUAUUUAUAUCUUGUCUGAAAAUCAAGUUUUGUAAACAAAUUCCUCUUUUAAUUGAGAUUGAAAUAAAAUGACGUAAGCUUUGUCCUCA